UUUUUUAAAUUAAAGAGUUGAGACGGUAUAUGAGCUAAUUUUUCUCAGUCGACGGGGAAGAUAAGAAAUAUACUAACAAUUAACAAAACGACACUCAAAAAAGAAAAUGGCAGCUUCCCGCAUUGGUUAUCAAAUUCAUAUUAAUUUCAAUUCUCCAAUUAUUUUUCCUUCAAAGACCAAAUUGAGUUCUCUAUCUUUCAGUUUCUCUAAUGCUAAAUAUGCAUUAAAAUGGAAUCACAUUGGGUGCCACAGAAUCUGUGCUUUACCAGUUGUUUCAAUUAUGGCUUCUAGAAGUUCCACAGAGGUGCUUCCUCCUGCCCUUGAUUCUUCUUCAGAGCCACCAACAAUCUUUGAUGGAACUCCAAAGCUUUAUAUCUCUUACUCAUGCCCAUAUGCCCAACGUACGUGGAUUGCUAGAAACUGUAAGGGGCUGCAAGAAAAAAUUAAGUUGGUUCCUAUUGAUCUAAAGAACAGGCCAGAUUGGUACAAGGAAAAGGUUUAUCCAGCAAAUAAGGUACCAUCACUGGAACACAACGAUGAAGUUAAGGGAGAAAGUAUGGAUCUCAUUCGAUAUAUUGACAGUAACUUUGAAGGACCUUCACUUUUCCCAGAUGAUCCUUACAAGAGAGAAUUCGCAGAAGAAUUAUUCUCCUACUUUGACCCCUUUUACAAAGCUGUAAUUUCGUCUUUGAAGGAAGACAGAAUAGAUAACGCCAUUUCAGCCUUUGAUUCCAUUGAGACUGCUCUUUCCAAGUUUGAUGAUGGAUCUUUCUUCCUUGGCACGUUCAGUCUGGUAGAUAUAGCUUACGCACCAUUCAUCGAGAGAUUCCAGCCCUUCCUGCUCGAGGUAAAGAACUACGACAUUACAGCAGGCAGAAUAAAACUCGCAGCAUGGAUCAAGGAGAUGAACCAAAUUGAGGGUUAUACAGUAACUAAACGUGACCCAAAGGAGCAUCUGGAAAACUAUAAAAGACGUUUCUUGUCUCAGGUCUGAGCUCUGUGAAGAUGCUAUAUAUUUAGAAUGAUUUAUCUCAGCGCGAAUUCCCCAUAAGAUGAUACAGUGUUAUAUAACUAAUGUAGCUUUUGGUUGGAAGUAUUAAAUAAUACUCGCGUUAUGUUAUGAAAAUCUACGUAUUAUUUUAUGAGAUUGAUAAAUUUUACUAGCUGUUUUA